AUGGAGCCGAAUUCAACCUCGGGGGUACCAAAUAAGCCUGACAAGUUUAUUAAUGUUGUUUUGAAUCAUGGUGAGCAUUCUGCUGUUUUUCGUAUUAAUACUAAAAUAACCGUAGAAGAACUGAAGCAUUUAGCGUGCAAGCACUGGAGGUAUUUGUCUCAUGGGAGUAUAUGUUUCAGGUAUAUGGACAAUGCUCAAUUAGUUUUUGUGACAAGUGAUAUACAACUGCAAAGCUUAAUUGGUUUCAUGAUUCUUAUUGAUAAUGAAGAUGUCUAUUUGCAUGUGAAUAUGAUUCCGAAUCAUACUUCUCGUUCUAAGUCUAGUUGUAGCAGAAGUUUUGGUUCUAAGUCUGGUUGCAGCAGUAGUUCUGGUUCUUGUUCUAAGUCUGCUUGUGAAAUCGAAAGUCCUAAGAUGGUAAGGGUGUUAGAUCAUGAUGCAGACAAGGGGAAGCCUCUUAUUAUCGAUGAAUGGAAUUAUGUAUUUGACGAGAUUGGUAGAGAAUUCAUGGGUGGUGUUAAAGCUGUUAGGAUUGUUGUCGAUAAGUUCAAUAUGGCUACUGGUCACAAGAUUGAUAUUCUUAAAAAUGACAAAACUCGUUUUACUGCAAAGUGCGAAGAAGAUGGUUGUGCUUGGAGGAUUCAUUUUGGGCCUGUGAAUGGUGAUACUUCUCGGUUCGUGCUGAAAGAUUCUAACGCUCAAAGUUGUGGUGUUGGUUUGAGGUUCAAGAGUCCUGCGGUGACAACCAAGUUAGUCAAGCAUUUGAUCGCUGACAAUUUACAGGGUGAUCCUAGCUUAAAACCCAGACAGAUCAUGUCACUUUUCAAGAAAACUUAUGGGUCCAAUAUUAAGUAUCACCAUGCCCGUAGAGGGAAAGAAGUUGUAUUUGAAGAACAAUAUGGCAAUGACGAGAAGUCGUAUAGCGAUUUUACUUGGUAUGUCAAAGUAAUUAAAGAAACUAAUCCCGAUAGCUAUGUGAAGUUUGAAGUUGAGGAUGAAACCAGUAGAUUUCAUAGGAUAUUCAUUUGUUACGGUGCUUGCAAGCAUAGCUAUAGGUAUCUCAGUCCCAUGAUUUACUUGGACGCUACUUUCCUUACUGGUAGAUACAUGGGUACUCUUAUGGCUGCUACAGGUAUCAACGAAAACAAUGAGUUUUACCCAUUUGCUUUUGCUAUUAUUUCUUCUGAAAACAAAGAUAAUUGGUUUUGGUUUCUGGAGAAUCUUCAACAUGUUGUCGAUGGUCGUUCGAUUGUUUUCCUUAGUGAUCGUCAUGAAGGACUUCUGCAGGGAAUUCCAAAAUAUUUUCCUAAUUCACAUCACAGCUAUUGCUUUUACCAUAUCAAAUGCAAUCUCCCCACUGGAUCGGGUGAUGCGAAUUCGAAGCCCGUUCUUGAUUUAUAUGGUGCUCACUCUUCAACUCUUGCCGAGUCCUUUAACAACUGGGUUCUUCCUUUCAAAAAGUUGACUGCUUUUGUUAUUCUCGAUGCGAUACGUUUGAAGGUUAUGGAAAAAAUGUCUGAGAGAAGGAUACUAGGUCUGGAAACAUUCAACACUAGGCCCACUCCUGAAUAUGAGGCUUUACUAAAGGAAAACAUCGACAUUGGUCGUACUUGGACUGUUGUUCAGUCCAUGGAAAGAUUGUAUGAAGUCAGGUCUCCCCGGACUCAUUCUGUAGAUCUAUUGCAGAAAACUUGUACAUGUCACAUGUGGCGAGUGAAUGGUUUUCCUUGUGCUCAUGCUUGUGCCGCCAUUCAAGCUACUAUAGAAGACAUCUAUUCAUUUGUUGAGACAUACUUCACCACCGAAUGGUACAACAGGACAUACCUGGAGAUCAUCUUGCCAAUCCCCAAUUAUGACAAGCCGCAGUCUUAUGAUCCUAGUGAUAUGGUUAUUGUUCCUAUUCUUGUUCCUCCACCGGGUAGACGAAGAACACAACGCUUCAAGAAUGCAUCUGAGAAACAAAAGAGGAAAAUGAUGUGUACCACUAUGUACACCUUGGUGUACAAUGGAUGCUUCUAA